AAUCACACUUGAUAAUUUAUAAUGUCCUUCAGACAAUCUAUUCGUGCUGCUAAACAGGCCUCUAGAGCCGCCAGAGGUUUCUCCACCAGAUCCUUAACCUCCAUUGCCAGACAACAACCAAUCAUGGCUUCUGCCCAAACUGUUUCUUACACUGCCACCAGAGGUAUCAAAACCAUCAACUUUGCUGGUACCGAAGAAAUCGUCCACGAAAGAGCCGACUGGCCAAGAGAAAAGUUGUUGGAAUACUUCAAGAACGACACCUUGGCUUUAAUCGGAUACGGUUCCCAAGGUUACGGUCAAGGUUUGAACUUGAGAGACAACGGUUUGAACGUCAUCAUUGGUGUCAGAAAAGACGGUGCUUCUUGGAAGGCUGCUAUCGAAGAUGGUUGGGUUCCAGGUGAAAACUUGUUUGACGUCAAAGAAGCCAUUCAAAAGGGUACUUACGUCAUGAACUUGUUAUCCGAUGCUGCUCAGUCCGAAACCUGGUCUACCAUCAAGCCAUUGUUGACCAAGGGUAAGACCUUAUACUUCUCCCACGGAUUUUCCCCAGUGUUCAAGUCCUUAACCAACGUUGAGCCACCAACUGACAUUGACGUUAUCUUGGCUGCUCCAAAGGGUUCCGGUAGAACCGUCAGAUCUCUUUUCAAGGAAGGUAGAGGUAUCAACUCUUCUUACGCCGUGUGGAACGAUGUUACCGGUAAGGCUGAAGAAAAGGCUAUUGCUUUGGCUGUGGCCAUUGGUUCUGGUUACGUUUACCAAACCACUUUUGAAAGAGAAGUCAACUCUGACUUGUACGGUGAAAGAGGAUGUUUGAUGGGAGGUAUCCACGGUAUGUUCUUGGCUCAAUACGAAGUUUUGAGAGAAAACGGCCACACUCCCUCUGAAGCCUUCAACGAAACUGUCGAAGAAGCCACCCAAUCUUUAUACCCAUUGGUUGGUAAGUACGGUAUGGACUACAUGUACGAUGCCUGCUCCACCACUGCUAGAAGAGGUGCUUUGGACUGGUAUCCAAGAUUCAAGGAUGCCUUGAAGCCAGUUUUCACCGAAUUGUACGAGUCUGUCAAGAACGGAAGCGAAACCCAAAGAUCUUUGGACUUCAACUCCCAACCUGACUACCGUGAAAGAUUGGAAGAAGAAUUGGAAGUUAUCAGAAACAUGGAGAUCUGGAGAGUUGGUAAGGAAGUCAGAAAGUUGCGUCCUGAAAACCAAUAAUUGUGUUGAAGCUUUAUUUUAUUUGUCAUGUUAAUUCACUCUGGUCAAAUUGAAUGACUUUGAAUUUUCACUUCUUUUUAUUUAUGGGAAACGAUUCUUUACGAAAACCAAAAAAACUAUAAACUUAUGUAUGGUGCUAUGUUUGUUGAAUAAACAAGUGCGAUU